AUGGCUGAGGGCGCGGAAGCUGAAACACAACAAAAAGACGAACCAAAAAGACAUACGUAUCCUUUAAUUAGGUCUAGUGAUAUGAAUGAUGAACUAAAAACAGAGUGUAUGGAAUUAUGUGUCACAGCAUGCGAAAAAUUUUCUAGUAAUAAUGAAAAUGCUGCACGAAUGAUCAAAGAAACCAUGGAUAAAAAAUUUGGAGCAACAUGGCAGGUGGUUGUCGGUGAAGGAAUGGGGUACGACUAA